UGUCAAACACAUUCGUGAUGUGCGAAAAUCUUGUUUGUUUUUAUCCCAUUUGCGAAUAAAAUUCCCUGGUGGAAGGUCCUCCCCUUUGAAGCAACAGGCGCACCUUCGGAUUUCAAAUUUCAUAAUCAGGUACAUAAAAGACAAAUUUAAUUCAACAUGUCGAUGGUUGAUACCUACUUUAUGGUAGCUUUAGAGAUCGUAAAGUCGGCAGGAAAACUUAUAACUGAGCAUGUCAAGGGAUGCAAGGAUUACAAAUUGAAGUCGUGCGACAUCGACUUGGUGACUGAAGUGGACAAAGCGGUAGAGACUACUAUCUUGUCCAAACUAAAAGAGGAAUUUCCUCACCACGCGUUUAUCGGCGAAGAAUCAGUCGCGGAAGGUGCCAGAGUGGUUCUCACUGACGAGCCGACCUGGGUCCUCGACCCUAUUGACGGUACUCUUAACUUCGUCCAUGGGUUUCCUCAUAGCUGCAUUUCUCUCGGCCUGCUCAUUAACAAGGUGCCAGAGAUGGGUAUCAUUUAUAACCCAAUUAUGAAUCAACUAUUUACUGCCUUGAAGCAUCAAGGAGCGUAUCUUAACGAUCAAAUCAUUCAUGUGUCAAAGGUUAAGGAACUGAAGGGAGCAUUAGUUGCUUUCGAAGCUGGCACUAGCCGUGAUGCGGAUAAAAUGAAAGUUGUGCGAGAAAAUUUUGAUCAAAUCAUUUCUAAAGCUCAGGGCAUGCGAGCUUUGGGUUCGGCGGCGUUGAACAUGGCUAUGGUAGCAAUGGGAGCGGCGGAUGCUAACUUUGAGUUUGGGAUUCACGCCUGGGACGUAGCUGCUGGGACCAUUAUAGUGCGAGAGGCUGGAGGAGUGGUCAUAGAUCCUGCCGGUGGCCCUUUUGACAUUCUAUCGCGCAGGGUGCUUUGUGCUGGCACGAAGGAGCUGGCUGAGGAAUUGUCCAAGACCUUGGUCCAGUAUUACCCAGAGAGGGAUUAAAGCAGGAUGAAGAGUAGACAAUAUAAUAAUAUUAAUUAAUCAAACAAUAUUUAAGGGAAGUUAUAAAUUUUUGAUGCAUUGUAAUUUGAACUAUGUACUUACAUAUUUAUUCACAUUCUACAGGGAUUGUAUGUAGUGUAUCAUUCUCUGUGGAUGAUUUCAAAUGAUUUUCUAGUUAUACCAAUAAGGAUUAAGUAACCUGAUCUACUACUUCCAUAUUACAGAUUUGUUUUACUUACUAAUGACAACGAGGCAUUUAUUUAAGAUUUUAAUUUAUUUUUUAUUGAAUCUUAUUGAAUUCAGGACUGGUGAUAAAUAAGUUGGUUUUCAGAGUUUAUGACAUUCAAUUAUAUUGAUGUUUCUAUUUUACUAUAUUUUUUUAAUGUUAAUAAGAAAAAAAUGCAUAUUUUACUAAAAGAUUUAAUCAGAUGAACUUAUUUAUUAUUUAGAAGUUUUGAAAAAGUUUGGACUUAUUGAGAGUACUAUGUUAUGAAAUUAUUGUAGUCCUACAUAACUUAAACAUAAUUAAAUUUUAAAUAGAAGGAGAAAUAAAACAACAAGUAUAAUUUAGUUAUUAAGUUAUAUAAUUACUUAUAAUUAAUUACCAAAUCAAUAAAUAGUCAUGGAAAAUAGUGAAACUAUUAUUAAUAUAUUUUAUGUUCUAAUGCCAUAAAUUAUUGUUAACUUCUUAAUUUAUUUGAAAUAUUUGUCUCUGGAUGUUAAAAUAUGUUUAUGUACUUGUGUUAGUGUGUAGACUGUAGUGUACUUGUAUUUCACUAGAAAGUGAUCUGUUAUCUUUAUAGAUAAUAAACAUUCAUUAUCUGUAAUGUAAUGGUUAUUUUAUUUAUUGUAGCAUAACUUAACAUAGUUUCGGUGGUAUGUCUUCAUAGAACAUUAUGUAGAUAGCAAAAACAAGACCACCUGUAUUUUAUAUUACAUAUUUACUUGGCCUUUUGGAUUAAUUAAAGUUCUGAGACUUCUGAGCACAAGUAGUGUAAUUCAAGUUACAGCUGUGAUUUCAGGCAAAUUAAGCAUUUUGCUUGGUAGCUGAAACAUAUUAAAAAAU